AUGGAACAAAGCAUGUAUGAUACAACUUAUACGAAACAUCCUUGUAGGGUAUGGAUCAUUGUGGGUAGCUUGGAUAAAAACUAUGUUAUUAAGGAUAAAGACUUUCUGUUGAUGGAAGAUGUGACAAAUUCUAGCUGGUGUAUCAGACGCAUUUUGAAACAAAGGGCAGUUGCCAUCUCAAUUUUAUCUACAGGAGCAACUAAAACAAAAGAUAUUUGGAAAGCACUCCGGGUGAAAGGAGAAAAAGUCUCAUUGUACAAAUUGAUAUGGUUUCCUCUUCACAUUCCAAAACACAACAUGAUUACAUGGAUGACACUUCUGAAUAGGCUCCCAACUAAGGAGAGGCUUCUUAGAAUGGGAAUAGUUACUGAUGGCACAUGUAUAAUCUACAAUGAAGUUACAGAGACUAGAGACCACAUGUUCAGUGAAUACUCUUUGGCAGUUUCCCUAUAG